UGAGGUUGACUUGACUCACGUCGAACUCCAUCCUCGCGAGGCCUCCGUACUUUCAAAUUACCCUCUCUCAAACUCUCUCUUGGCCCGCGCGCGAGCUGGUGGCUCUUACACAACUGGAUCCUAUCUAUCCACCGGUCUCAUGCGACGUAUUUUCGCUAUAUUUUCAAUGGACGAAACGUAAGAGAAGAAUGUUGAAAAUUCUAAAUUGGAGAAGCCAUCAAUAACCUCUUGCUAAUCAAUGUGUAAGUAGAUAAGAUAACGCUACAUGUUGUGUCGAUAAGUGUAGUAUGUUUCACAUAUCCAAAAUUUUCGUACAUUGUAACGGCACUGAAUCGGUCCAUUUAUGUAUAGGAAAAUCGAUUUCAUGUCUAAUAAAUCUUUGAUGUGUCAUAUGGUCUGACAACAAAACAUACAUUUCUGCUGCGAGUCCAUCUCGUCCAGUUUUCUGCAUAGGAUGCAGAGGAAUCUCCGAAAUGCGGCUCAACUCUUUCAUUCACUUCAGGAACUGUUCCUCCUCUGCUUCUCAGCCCUUCUUUUCCAUAGCUACGCACACCCAGCUCACGGCCUCUUCUCCCUGCUUCUCUUCCCUCAUACACCAAUGCACACCGACCAAGAACCUCUCAGACCUCAAGAUUGUCCAUACCCAUCUGGUCAAGAACGGGUUCUGCCACCUCUCUCUGGGCCACAAGCUCAUCGACUCCUACCUCAAAUGCGGCAGCAUGUCCGACGCCCGCCGCCUGCUCGACGAAAUGCCCGAGCCGCACAUCGUCUCGUGGAACUCCGUGAUCUCCGCUUACGCGAGCCAGAACAGGAGCGGGGAAGCCGUCGAGCUCUAUGGCAGGAUGGUUUCGGAGGGUGUGCUCCCCGACGAGUACACGUUCUCGAGCGUGUUCCGAGCUUUUUCCAGGCUUGGUGUCGUGCUCGAAGCGCGGAGGGCUCAUGGGCUGGCUGUGGUUUUGGGCUUGGAGACCUCGAAUGUUUUUGUGGGAAGUGCUCUCGUGGAUAUGUAUGCGAAGCUCGGGGAAAUGAGAGAUGCGAGAUCAGUUUGUGAUCGAGUAUGGGAUCAAGAUGUUGUCUUAUUGACAGCAUUGAUUGUGGGUUACGCUCAGAAGGGAGAGGACGUCGAGGCUCUGGAGGUGUUCUCGGAUAUGGUCAGGAAGGGGAUCAGGCCUAAUGAGUUCACCUUUUCGAGUACUUUAGUUAGCUGUGCAAACUUCGGAGAUGCCAAAGUUGGUGAAUCGGUCCACGGGCUAAUGAUCAAGUUGGGCUAUGUUUCGGCUGUUGCGUCUCAAACAUCUCUCCUCACCAUGUAUUCGAAGUUUGGGAUGGUCAAAGAAUCGUCCAGGGCAUUCAAUGCAUUGGAGAAUCCGAACAAAAUAACAUGGACAUCUCUCAUAGUGGGGCUCAUUCAAAAUGGGAAGGAAGAGACUUCUCUUCUAAAAUUUCGGAAAAUGAUGCGAAGCUCAGCAAAGCCGAACUCUUUCACUCUUUCCAGUGUUGUUUGUGCUUGCUCGAGGCUUGCUAUGCUUGACACUGGGAGACAGAUACACGCAUUAGCUACUAAGUAUGGACUUGACUGGCGUAAUUAUGUGGGGACGGCUCUCAUUGACAUGUAUGGGAAGUGUGGAACCCCUGACCAGGCGAGGUCGGUUUUCGAUGCUCUGGUUGAGGCUGAUUUAGUCUCGAUGAACUCGAUGAUUUAUAGUUAUGCCCUUAAUGGUUGUGGAGGGGAAGCGCUUGACUUAUUCUAUACAAUGAGGGAUUUGACAUCCCUAGAGCUGAAUGACAUGACUUUUCUCGGUGUUCUUCUAGCAUGUAAUAACUCGGGAUUGGUUGAAGAGGGUCAGAGAAUAUUCACCUACUUAAGAGAGAAAACUGAUAUUAAAGUUUCUAGUGGUCAUUAUGCUUGUAUGGUUGAUUUACUGGGAAGAUCAGGGAGACUUGUCGAGGCAGAAAUGCUGGUAAACCAAGUGAAGAACCCUGAUGCGGUUCUGUGGAGGACUCUGCUAAGUGCUUGUAGGAUUCAUAGAGCGGUUAAAAUGGCCGAGCGUGUCUGGACCAAAGUCCUUGAGCUUGCCCCAGGGGACGAGGGGACUCAUAUUUUAUUGUCUAACCUUUACGCAUCCACUUCCAAUUGGAGCCAGGUCAUUGCGAUGAAGAGCACGAUGAGGGAUAUGAGGCUGAAAAAGGGCCCUGCAAUGAGCUGGGUCGAGAUCGACCGAGAGGUUCAUACUUUCAUGGCAGGUGAUUUUUCGCACCCAGAGUCGGAGAAAAUACUUGGGAAGUUGGGGGAGUUGAUCAGGAAGGCAAAGAGUCUCGGCUACAUCCCCGAUACCAGUUUUGUCUUGCAGGACAUGGACGAAGACAAGAAGGAGACGUCUCUUUAUUAUCACAGCGAGAGGCUUGCAAUAGCUUUUGCUCUAUGGAGGACUAGCGAUAAGACCACUUGUAUUCGAGUUCUAAAGAAUCUCAGAGUUUGCGGAGAUUGCCACACUUGGAUAAAGUUUGUUACAGUUGCUGUUGGUAGGGAGAUAAUUGCAAGAGAUUCAAAGAGGUUUCAUCACUUUAAGAAUGGGUCAUGCUCUUGUGGAGAUUAUUGGUGACUGGAUCUACAAACUGUUAGGUCAUUUACUGGUUUCCGGCAGAUAUGUUCCGGUCUCUUUCACCCUCUGCAGGGGUAACUUCAUUUGUUGAUCAAUUCUAUAACUUGCAAAGAGGAGAGAGUAUUGCAGCAUUUCAAAGAUGGCAAAGAAUUCUAAAUGUGCAGGUGAUUCUCGAGGUCUUUAAGCAAGAGAGAGAAGAUGCAAGACUUUUCGUCUUGGCGGGGUGGUAGUUCGAACAGAGCAGAAGGUCUUCUCUUAACCUCGAUAGAGAAAGCGCCAUUAUUUACCAUAGAGGUGCUGUUACUGAUGAACUGGGCAGAAUCUGGUAUACGCUGUGGGUCUUCUGCUGUCGAUUCUUUAAUUGGAAAAAGGGGGUUGAGUGCCAGUACCAGCUGAGAUCGAAUCAGAAACUCUAUGGAUCGAUCAUGGGCCCUCUGAGACAGGACUUCCACAGAUACAAACAUGAACAUGGCCAUGCAAAACCUAUGUAGUAUUUACCUAAUAGAUUCCGUCUUGUUGCGGAAAAUGAGUCGGCCAGUGAUGCUACUAAAUGCUUCUGUCCUCUUGAAAGAACGGGGAUGAAAACCAAUAAUUGUGCAUGCAGCUCAACAACUGUGACAUCUCAAUGCCUAUCCUUUUCAGUCAUUACUCUCUC